AUGGUUGAAGAAGAAGAGCGUGUUGCUAAGAAGCCAAAGAUGUCAACAGAACAAAAGCAUUUGCAGAUUUGCACACAUUCGGGCCAGUUUCAUGCAGACGAGUCGCUCGCAGUCUACAUGCUUAAGACUUUACCAAAGUUCAAAGAUGCUACGGUAGUCAGAUCCAGAGACCCAAAGGUCUGGGAAGAAUCCGAUAUUGUGGUUGAUGUUGGUGGUAUUUCAGAUGAGGUCAAGUUUUUUGACCAUCAUCAGAGAGACUUUGAAGGGACUUUCUCCAGCAAGUACUCCAGCAAGCUGUCGUCUGCUGGGUUGAUUUACAAGCACUUUGGUAAGGAGAUAAUUUCCGUCAACUUGGAGCUCAACGCUGAGAAAGAUAGCGAGAGCAUCGACCUUUUGUAUGAGAAAAUUUACAAGGAAUUCAUCGAAGCCAUUGAUGCCAACGAUAACGGCAUUUCGGCCUAUGGUAAGGAUGCAAAGCCUCUGUUUUCGGAGAAGAACUUCAAAUUGGCUUCUGUAGUGCAGCACUUGAACCCAUCUUGGAUCAACGACCCCAAGGAUGCUGAUUAUGAUGCUGCUUUUGCAAAGGCUUCCGAAUUUAUGGGCAUGUUUUUCACCAAUGUCUUGAACGACUAUGGUAAGGCUUGGUUACCAGCCAGACAGUACGUCGAGAAGGCCGUUGCUGAGAGCACCAGCAUUGAUCCACAGGGUAGAAUAUUGGUCCUGGACAGGUUCGUUCCAUGGCAGGAUCAUCUCUUCACAAUUGAAAGAGAAACGAAGAAGAAAGUGGCUCUUUAUGUGCUUUUCGAGGACACCUCUGGAAAUUGGAGAAUUUCCGCCGUUCCAGCUGCCGCUGGAUCUUUCGACAGCAGAAAAAAGCUGCCAGAGCCCUGGAGAGGUGUGAGAGAUGAUGCCCUCUCGAAGCUCACCAACGUCGAGGGUUGUGUUUUCGUCCACGCUGCUGGAUUCAUUGGAGGAGCCAAGACCAAGGACGCUGUGUUGCAACUUGCCAAGAUGGCUGUCGACUACUAA